GAGAGAGAGGAGCCUGGAGAAAGGGACAAGGCAGAUCCUGGGAAGCGAGAGGAAAAGAGACUCCUGCAGGAGAGGGAUCCUGGGCGGGGAGAGGACGUUCCCGGAGAAGGGCCUGGAGAGUAGCGAAAGGAUCGGGACUGCUCGCGAGCAUCCGACUUGUUGAAAGGCAUCGGCCGAGAGCCAGAGGCAGUGCCCGGGGCCGGGGGACAAAGCGGCGGAGCUGGCGCUGGCCCGUCGGGAUGGUGCAACUCGCGCGAUGAAAAAUGGUCUUUGUCCAACUUUUCUGAUGCCGGGAGGCCGGACAGCACGGCUCUAGCGGGAAGGGCUGCUGCGAAAACUGCUGGAGUAAUGUGGGAAGUGGAAGGGGUGUUGCUGGAGUCCUGCACAAGUAUUUCUGUGUGAAGACCUCUGUGUUUUGAUUUGUGAAGAUAUUAAAACCCUCCAAGAAAUCUCUGACCGUGUCAAGGGACUGGUGUGUGUUUGUUAAAGAUGGUGGUAUUCACAGAGAAUCUUCAUGGAUUCUAAUGGUGGCAUCAGUGCAAGGAGAGUGACGGGAAUGGGUUGGAUCUGGAUGGUCUGCUUCUUUCAUCUAGUCACCUCACUAGAAGAAAUACUUCUGGAUACAACUCAAGAGACUUCAGAGAUUGGCUGGACCACACACCCUUCUGAUGGGUGGGAUGAGGUAAGUGUCCUGGAUGACAAGAAGCGCCUGAUCCGGACCUUUCAAGUCUGUAAUGUGGCUGAACCAGGGCAGAACAACUGGUUGCGUACUCACUUCAUAGAGAGACGCGGAGCUCACCGAGUCCAUGUCCGCCUCCGUUUCUCGGUGAGAGACUGUGCCAGCAUGCGCACUGUGGCCUCUUCUUGCAAGGAGACUUUCACACUCUACUAUCACCAGUCGGAGGCUGACAUAGCCUCUCAGGACCUGCCAGAGUGGCGCGAGGGCCCCUGGACCAAAGUGGAUACUAUUGCAGCUGAUGAAAGCUUUUCCCAGGUGGACAGCACUGGGAAGGUAGUAAAGAUGAAUGUUAAAGUACGUAGCUUUGGACCACUUACAAAGCAUGGCUUCUACCUGGCCUUCCAGGACUCAGGAGCCUGCAUGUCCCUGGUGGCAGUCCAAGUCUUUUUCUACAAGUGCCCAGCUGUGGUGAAAGGAUUUGCCUCCUUUCCUGAAACGUUUGCUGGAGGUGAGAGGACCUCACUGGUGGAGUCACCAGGGACGUGUGUGCCAAAUGCUGAAGAAACAAGCACGACGGGGUCUUCAAGUGUUCGAUUGCACUGCAACGGAGAAGGGGAGUGGAUGGUGGCCAUUGGACGAUGUACCUGCAAGGCUGGCUAUCAGCCUGUUGAUGAUGAACGAGCCUGCGAAGCCUGUCCACUUGGCUUCUUUAAAGUGUCUGUGGGAGAUGACCCCUGCCAUCUGUGCCCUGCCCACAGCCACGCUCCACUGCCAGGUUCCCGUGAAUGUGUGUGUCAGAACCGCUACUAUCGAUCAGCUUCAGACAAUUCUGAUGCUCCCUGCACUGGCAUCCCUUCUGCUCCUCGUGACCUUAGCUAUGAAAUUGUUGGCUCCAACGUGCUCCUGACCUGGCGCCUCCCGAGGGACCUGGGUGGCCGCAAGGAUGUUUUCUUCAAUGUCAUCUGCAAAGUGUGCCCAACUGGGUCCUCAGGGCCUUGUGUGCGCUGUGGGGACAGUGUUCAAUUUGAACCACGCCAAGUGGGCCUGACAGAAAGCCGCGUGCAAGUCUCCAACCUCCUGGCCCGUGUGCACUACACCUUUGAGAUCCAGGCUGUCAACUUGGUAACUGAAUUAAGUUCAGAAGCACCCCACUAUGCCACCAUCAAUGUUAGCACCAGCCAGUCAGUCCCCUCUGCAGUCCCUAUGAUGCAUCAGGUGAGUCGUACUACCAAUAGCAUCACACUGUCAUGGCCUCAGCCAGAUCAGCCCAAUGGAGUAAUCCUGGAUUACCAGCUACGCUACUUUGAUAAGGCAGAAGAUGAGGAUAAUUCAUUCACCUUAACUAGUGAAACCAACAUGGCUACCAUAUCAAGUCUGAGCCCAGGCAAGAUCUAUGCCUUCCAAGUACGAGCUAGAACAGCAGUGGGCUAUGGCCCAUACAGUGGGAAGAUGUAUUUCCAGACUUCAACAGGAGGGGAGCGUUCAGAGAUGGUGCAGGACCGACUGCCGCUUAUCGUGGGCUCAGCGCUCGGUGGUCUAGCCUUCUUGGUAAUUGCUGCCAUUGCCAUCCUUGCCAUCAUCUUCAAGAGUAAAAGGCGAGAGACUCCAUACACAGACCGCCUGCAGCAGUAUAUCGGUGCACGAGGACUCGGAGUGAAGUAUUAUAUUGAUCCUUCAACCUAUGAAGAUCCGAAUGAAGCUAUUCGAGAAUUUGCCAAGGAGAUCGAUGUGUCCCUCAUCAAGAUUGAGGAGGUCAUUGGAUCAGGAGAGUUUGGAGAGGUGUGCUUUGGGCGCCUAAAACACCCAGGGAAGCGUGAAUACACAGUAGCUAUUAAGACCUUGAAGUCAGGUUACACAGAGGAACAGCGGCGGGAGUUCCUGAGUGAGGCCAGCAUCAUGGGGCAGUUUGAGCAUCCCAAUGUCAUCCACCUGGAGGGUGUGGUCACCAAGAGCCGACCAGUCAUGAUUGUCACAGAGUUCAUGGAGAAUGGAUCACUGGAUUCCUUCCUCAGGCAGAAGGAGGGACAGUUCAGUGUGUUACAGCUGGUGGGAAUGCUACGGGGGAUUGCAGCUGGUAUGCGCUACCUUUCCGACAUGAACUAUGUGCAUCGUGACCUGGCAGCACGUAACAUUUUAGUCAACAGUAACCUGGUGUGCAAGGUGUCAGACUUUGGUUUGUCCCGCUUUCUGGAGGAUGAUGCUUCAAAUCCCACCUAUACUGGAGGUCUGGGCUGCAAGAUCCCUAUCCGUUGGACUGCCCCUGAAGCUAUCCAGUAUCGCAAGUUCACCUCCUCCAGUGAUGUCUGGAGCUAUGGCAUUGUAAUGUGGGAGGUGAUGUCCUAUGGUGAAAGGCCUUACUGGGACAUGUCCAAUCAGGAUGUAAUUAAUGCCAUUGACCAGGACUAUCGCCUGCCACCACCCCCAGACUGCCCAACUGUUUUGCACCUGCUGAUGCUUGACUGCUGGCAGAAGGAACGGGUUCAGAGACCCAAGUUUGAGCAGAUAGUCAGUGCCCUAGAUAAAAUGAUUCGCAAGCCAUCUGCCCUCAAAGCUAUUGGCACUGGGACCAGCAGACCAUCUCAGCCUCUCCUGAGCAACUGUCCUCCAGAUUUCCCUUCACUCAGCAAUGCCCAUGAGUGGUUGGAUGCUCUCAAGAUGGGCCGUUACAAGGAGAAUUUUGACCAGGCUGGUCUGAUGACAUUUGAUGUCAUAUCACGCAUGACUCUCGAAGAUAUCCAGCGUAUUGGCAUCACCCUUGUUGGUCACCAAAAGAAGAUUCUAAACAGCAUCCAGCUCAUGCGAGUCCAUUUGAAUCAACUUGAACCAGUUGAAGUGUGAUGUUUACACCAUCCUUAUUCUGCUAGUCUCAAACUCUGGAAAGGUUCUGGGGGAAUUCAAAGGGAUUUCCACUGUAAGAAAAAAAAUAUCAGUAUGCUACUUGAAGACAAUGCACACAGAGUGCACACUACAUGUCCUCUUCCACGAACAAAAACAAAGCCUUGCUAUGAUUUGAAAGCAGAGCUAAAUGACUGGUGACAAUUAAAUGUGGCUGACAUCGUACACUGGGAAUGGGUUUGGGGUGGGAAGGUUAUAAUAGCGUGGGGCAGAGACGGAAUAAUAACUUAGACAGAUCAAAAGCACCUGUUGCCUCUUCUCUGCCAACAAAAGGUAUCUGACAACUUUGUGAAGUCAUCAGCAGGCUUUAUCUAUGACCAAGAGCCCAGAAAAGCUACAAAGACAUAAUAAAGGCAACAAAAAAUUAGCUUUUUUUUUUCAGAAGAAUGGUCUGAGAGAUUAUUAUUCAGAUGGAGCAUGAGGCUAUCACUUGGUAUGCCAGCUCAGUCCAGAACUGAAGUUCCAGAUGGUGCACAAUAUGUGGUAAGCGAUAACACAUUACCUGAUAAAGAGGUUGAGAGUAAAGGGUUCAAAAUUCAAUGCUA